UAUCAGUCUGCUUGCAUCUCUCAAAGCAAUUCAUUCAACAGUUUUCAAAUAAAAAAAAAUUCAAUCAAAAUGUUCAAAUUGGUUGUUGCAGUUUCAUUCUUUAUAGCAGUUACACUUGCACAUCCUCAAAGUCAACAAGACAAGGAUGCAACUUUAGUAUCAAGCGUAUUUGCUGAUGACGGUGCUGGAAAUGUUAAUUAUGCAUUUGAGAGCAGCAAUGGAAUCAAGCAACAAGCAAGUGGUCAAUUAAAGGAAGUUGCAGACUCCUCAGGAAAUGGUCAACAAGUCAAGACAGAAGUCUUAACUGGUAGUUACUCAUAUACAGCUCCUGAUGGCACACCAAUUACCAUUACCUGGGUUGCUGACGAGAAUGGUUACCAACCACAAGGAGAUCACAUUCCAAAAGGACCAUAAAUGAAGGAGGUCCAAUUACACUACAAUAAUACUCACAGAAUAUAUUCAAACUUGCAAGUUUUGUCAAUAAUUUUUUGUUCUGAAAAGCUUAAAUAAAGGAAUAUGAUUUUUUUACUUGAA